AUGGACGAAAUACACGCAGUGCUGGAGCUAUUUGUUAGCUGCCGCGGAAGCGGCUGGCCCCUUGUACGCUUAGAGGCGGAGCAGCAGCUGUUGACGCAGCACCUUCUGAUGGCAGCACCUAUGGACAAGGAGGAAAUUGAAGACUUAAUCAAGCAGUGUUUUGAAGCAGAUAACAAUGGAGAAAUCAAUUUUCUCAGCUUUUGGUCAGGGAUGGAGAAUCUCCUCGAACUGCUGGGGAUCCGAGAGCCCUCCGCACAUGUAGAUGACAAGGUAUAUGGGUUGCAAGUCUUCAGGGAUGGCCUGUUGGCCGAGGCCAUGAGCAAACACCAAGGGCCCACCAGCAGCGUGUUGCUAUCCAGAGACGAGGUUCUGCGCAUAAUCGACCAGACAAACAAGUCAGUUGCAUCGCGUCAUAGCAAAGGGCGUGCAGAAAGCACACGAUGCGACGGUGGAUCGUACCAAGGAGGCGACGCCUCUUCUUCAAGCCUGUUUUGGGACGAAGUAUACAGAGAAACAGCGCUGCUAGACUCAACAUCUGUCCUUUCAGUUACGGAGCUUUCCAUGAUGGUUUUUGGGUUUCUGAAGAGCUAUCUAAGACAGGAAUCCACAGCAGUGAAAAUGUCGGAAGGGGUUCCGAACGACGUUGCCCAGCAGGUACACGAACAGGCUGUGCCGUCCGAUACAUCUGGGGUGAUAAGCGCUGUCUCUGGUACAAGCUGUGUGCCAGAGGCUGCUCCCGUGGCUGACACCGCUAUCGGAGCCGCUCAUCCAGUUGUGAGCACCCAGGAACUGCGCAGCCAGGUCCCUGGCUCUCCGGAUGAGACAGGUGAAAAUCUGGAUGAUAUCUGCGGCUCGACAAUGAUGCAUAAGGGAUGGCAGAAGGGUUGGGAACUGGAACAUCCGCGGGAGCAUCGACAAGAUCGUGCCGAGAGCAGAAACGACUUCCCAAGUGUAGCCAGUCCCUCUUCAGAUGGACACGUACGAGGCUCAGAAAGACAGACAUAUCGAGAGGCUUCUGAUUCGCCGGUUGCUGAUGUCUCGCACAUUUUAACGCGCUUAGACUCCGAAGAUCCGUUUUUGCAACUGCGGCAUUUGCUGAUAUUUUCCGGGGACGUUGUUGAGCGUGGGGUCUUGUCCAAGAAGGAUAUGCAACAACUCCGCCAUUUGAAUGCAGCAGCGGUCGACUGCGUUGACCGAAUGUCUGCUGAGCGCGACAAAAGGAAUGAAGAGGCGAACGAGGCAGUUUUGUCGCUCAGAAGGAUGCGGACGGAAAAGCAGCAGCUGAUCGAACGCCUCGCAACAGUGGAGCACCAGCAUAGUCAGCUGCAGCUGCAGCAGGAGCAGCAGCUGUGCGAACGCGACAGGGUUGAUCAACUCCAGGAGAGCCUGGCUUCUGAACGGGUUGAACGCGAGCGCCUUCAGGCACUAUUGCGUGAUAAGGAGGAGGAUCUGACGGGUGUGAUUCGUGAGAAAGAUGCACUCCUUGGAAAGAUUUCAUCGCAAAAGGAUGACUUGAACCGCCUUCUGGAGGCUGUGCACAAAGAAAAAGCAGCGUUGAGCGAAGACCUUCGCAAAAGAACGGAAAUCUUAAUUCGAGAAAAGGAAGCGCUGGAGGAAAAACUUCGUUCCGCUGAAGAUAAAGCCAGAGCAGCAGAGGCUGCGCGCCAACAGUUGCAAGGCGAUGCACAUCUCAGUACAUCUACCCUCAGGCAGCGAAUUUUGGAGCUGGAGGAGGAUAAGCAAAGGCAGGAGACUGAGGCAGAGGAGAAUGAUGCCCUGAUACUCCAGCUACAAGGGCGGCUAGAGGAAAAGGUUCAGCAGGUUACAAUCCUGGAGGUGAAGAACAAGCAGCAAGCUCGUUUGUUGCAGCAGGUUCGUGGCGUGCGAAACUCUUUGAUGCAAGUCCUCCAAGACUCUAAGGAAAAUGAGCCAGACAAGGGCGGUUCUACUGGUGUUUCAGCGGCUAUAACACGAGAUGCUGAGAUAAUGAAGCUGAAGGCAGGGAUGAAGGCUGCCCUGGCGCAUAUUAAGGAAUUAGAGACAUUCAUAGAUGAGAUGAGGAAAGAGCAACGGCGAGGGGCCCAUCCACGGUAUGAAAUAUCAGCAGCCUCAGGGGAUUCAUUUGCUCGUUCUCUGGAGAGACAGCAAACCAGUGAUGCAUGCAACAGGCCUUUGAGAGCUCUGCGAACCCUUGGAGAUGAGCUGGAGAUGUCAGAAGCUGCCAGUAACCAGGAGGUAUCUUGCACGGGAAUUGAUGAGGGGAACAGCAAGGCAAGUGAAAAUGCUCCAUCGGAAGGACAUGAUGCAUCUACUCAUUGUGAGGAGUCCAGGAUUGCAUGCAAGGGCUCAGGUGGCACAACUGGGAUUGCAACCAGCGAAGCCGGCUCGGGAGAACCUGUGUCUAAACAACCUAGCAUCAGAGAGCAAAUAGUGACCGUGGAAAAGCAAAAGCUUGCAUCAAGCAAAGUUGUUGGUGCAGACGUUUGUGGCUUGAGACGUCAUCGCCAAGCACACGCUGGAACUUCUGGGAAUGUAGGGUCUUUUGCCUCCUUGCGCUCUGAGCCGUCGACGAUAGAUGCAGCUUCCAAAGAACCAACCUCCUCUGCAAGUCUACCAGAAGCUGAAGAGAUUUUUGAUCCACUCGACAUGCUGAAGUCUGAGGACUCGAUGGAAACAGAAGCCAAAGAAAGGUCUGCAGUGAAAGGCCGGCUCUCAGUCACUUCACAUGCAGCACAGAGAAUCCAUCCUUCUGGUCGAACGAGACAGCCCAGUCCGAAGAACGGGAUGCUUGCCGUCCAUGCUUCGUCUGCAUCAGCUGUAAGUUCAGACCCCUCUGAGCUGCCGCCAGGCGGCGGAUCUCCCAAGAUGUCUUGUGGGCAUUCAGCAAGCUCUAGUGGAUUGGAGCUGCCGCUUGAAGGAAGGCGGUGCCGAUCGCGGGCAACAGAUAGCAACGCUUCAAGUGAUCAGCGCAACUGCACCAUUGAGUCGUCCGUGGUGUUGCCAUCACAAGAAUUGGGGUCUGCAUCUCGAGACCGUGGGAGGAGCACUUCCCGUGAAAAGAAUUUUUUGAGCGACUCGUUAGCUUCCACUAGUUCGGACGGGAAGUUUCUAAUGUUAACCGCCCUCGGAGAAGCGAAGAAGUCUCCCACGGCGUCGACAAGCCGAAGGGUUGACGAUCGAUCACCGAGUUCAAAGGUAGAGCUUGCUGCGAGAGCUCUGGACUCAAGCACCUUGAGCAGCAUGUUCAGCAUGCUUGGAUCCUGUGCUGCACUGCCUGGGAAUGCGACGCGCCGCGCAGCAGCUCCGACGGAUGCUGACGACACCACCAGAAACACCCGCGGUGGAGGCGGAGAAGAUAGUUCAAAAACGAAGCAUAAGCAGCCCGGCAGGUUGUCUGCUGCAGCAACCGCUGCAAUCUCGGCCAAGGAUGCAAGCGAAUUUCGGUCGCUUCGGCGUGUAAGUCAAGGAAGUGCACAUCGUAUUGACCCGCCUGAGGAUUCACCUGGCCAUAUUGAUACAAGGAGAAUGUUGGGAUCUACCCAGGUAGGAGAGCUGACCGCUCAUAGGCGCGAGCCAACAUCAGACGAAUGCCCGUUGACAGGAAGAGACCAGUGGACAUCUACACAGAGGCCAAGCCCUUCGCCAAAGGCAGGGCAUGCACGAGCUCGGCGUACUGUUUCCUUGGGAAGGACGGAAACCCCAGGCGAAGUUCAAGGACGUGAUGUCGUGGACCAGCAGAAGAGGCUGCCCUCACUUACAACCCCAGUCUCUAGUGAGGGCGAUAUCGAGCACCCUGGCGUUAAGGAGAAUUACCUGCAAGAUUCCGAGGCCCCACAGAAAGCGUCUAUGACAGUCGGCUCAGCUUCAGAGGGACGUUCUGGUGCUGACAUGGAAAAAGAUCUUGCCUUGGAAUCAGGGAGCCCCGCUUCAUCCCUUCGAAAAACGUCUGGAGUCUUGAAUAACGCUCUAGGAACUGUCGAAACUUGCAGAAGCAGAGGGAAUGCAAAUACCCACCGGUCACCACGCAGCCGUAGCAGCAGCUCCGAGCCACCGUCCCGCAAAGUCACGUCUGCCCACGGACCGUCCACCAGCCGGCAGACGCAUGCGCCAAAAUCGCCGCACGAAACUAGGCAUACAGAGGCUUCGGGGGAACGGCAAGUGCCGCACGCCAGUUCGAGGGCCUACGAAGGAACUGAAUGUGAAACCGAAGCUGAGACCAUGAGGCGGCAAGUACCAGUUGUGGCAGAUCAGACCCCUCAGCAAGACAGGUCGGGGGCGUGCAAAGUAGUGGGAUUACGCACAGGUAGCACUAGCGAGGACCGAAGAUCGGACGACCAGCUUCGAUCUACCCAGCGCCUGCAGAACGAACUCAAGAAGGGAUGCGCAAAGAUACAAGAUGAGCAAACUGCUUCUGCAGCAGCUCUGCUAGCUGCUGCUGCUGGGGUGGUUGACGCUUCUCUCCAGCAACAACAGCAGAUGAUCCAGCGUCAGCAGGAACAUCAUGAAGAUCUGCAGAGGGCGCAACAGCGCAGAAUCGACAUGCUGCAGGAACAGCUUGAACAUCUUCAGAAGACCAAGGAAGAGCAACGGGAAUCUGGAGAGCAGGAGCAGAAAAAGUUAAUUCACACACUUCAGGCAAAACUGGAGGAGCUGCAGAAACGGCAAGACCAAAGAGAGCAAGAUUUUCAAGAAGCUCAGCGCAAACUACAGGAAGAUCUGGAGAUGCAGGUGAAGAAAAAGUUGGAAGAACUGAGGUGUUCACCCCUAAAAACAAAUAACAAGGAGGCAGCCAGCUCGUGUUCUACGGGCCAGAGUAGCCUUCGUGUCUCAUACUCGCACCGACAGGAUACGGACAUUCGAACUAGCCACACUCUGAAGACAGGUUAUCAGCAUGCGGCAUCUGGGGAAAGCGACUCUUUUGAAAGGAUUGCUGGUGAGCAGGCCCUGCACUCUCCUGCCCAAUACGACAACGGCCAGAAACCCGUUUCUGAUGUGCAUCCGUUUACAGCCAUGCCUGAAGAUUUUGGCACCCUAAAUACAAAACAUGUUAAUCAGUUGCUCUCAAGCGGGAAGACGGACAGCGAUACUUUAAACUGCACCGCUUGGCACCGUGGUGGGGCAGAGCCGCAGGGAUGUACUGGACGGAUAGAUCUCCACAAUGCAGGUGCAGGGGCUCGAGGGCAACCAGCAGCAGCCGCUGCCGGAGGAUAUGUCGGCGGACCCCAUGACCAAUGCAGUGACUCUGAUGCGUCCAGUUGUGCAAGCAGCAGCCUCAUGGGAAGCCAGUGUGGGUUGCCGGCCCAUGGUUGUUCGUUUGAGGAUGUUCCCACAACAACCAGCAGCUCAUUCAUCAGCCAGUCUACAACUCCUGCAGUGUGUUCAUCAAUGCCAUCUCAGCGUGGGAACUACCUCGCUGGCGAAGCACCAGUCGAACGACAAAUUUACGCUUCUGGAGGCGAUCGCCCGUUGGCUCAGUCUACAGAUGUUCACCGUAGGGAAAGCGUCUUGCGCCGGCAUAAUCUACUCCGCCCCCAGGCAUCAGAGUGUUCUCCCUGUGCUUCCCAGCACGUACCAGUUAACGCCUGCCAGGCGGAUCCUCCUUUUACUUCCGCUGCGAGUGCUUCACGGCCACUUUCGGAUUCCUCAACGAACAUCAAUACGGGGGCCACUACAUCGUCUGUGGGUUGUAAGGGCGGUUCUCAGGAGAAGCUACUCCGCGGAGACUUGUGCUACCGCUCUGGUAAUUCUCACCAGCCAUCAGGCCAGGACUCUAGACAUCGGGAAAGUGGGACGGGGUUGGUUAGGCCACAGCCGUCGGUUUACCAUCCUGUUUCACGAGCUGAGAGAGUUAUUACAAUGCAGCAGGCGCAUAUCGACAGCGCUCGGUUUCUAGGCAGCAGUAACAUUAGUGAAAAAGUCCCCUGUCUGUCUGGUCUCCCAAGGGGUCAGCAGGGCGCAUUCUCGUCCAGAGAGUCCCAGUUGCCCGCACCGCUGGCAUCGGCAAGGGAAUCGAUUUCAGCAGACCAGCUUGAAGGCAAUGAGGCAACUCCUAUGCUGUAUCGCUGUGCGUCAACUAGCGCAGCGUUGACGGAUGCGGAGUUGUCACGGUAUCCUACUAACCAUCGCCAAAAGACGCACCGUGGAUCAAGCAGGAAAGAUAAGAUGGAUGACAAGCGACAGCUCGACGAAAGUCGGAAUGCUGAAAUGUCUGCAGCAGGAGAAUCAAGCAGCUCGACCGCGCCGUCGUCGGGUUGGGCGGGCUUCAACGGAGGGUUUAUGAGUCAGGUUCAGAAGUGGAUUGGCUAA